AUGUUCAGAAACGCUCUCCGACAGUCCAGCCGGACAGUGGGCGCAAUCUCUGCCUCUGGCAGAGUUGCCGCGGGACGAACCGCAGCGCCAGCAGCCUUCAACGCUGCCACCAAGCAAAUCCGAAGCUACGCCGCUGAUGCAAAGGCAUCGCCGACCGAAGUCUCCUCCAUUCUCGAACAAAGAAUCCGAGGUGUCGCGGAGGAAUCCGGUCUCGCCGAGACUGGACGUGUUCUCUCCGUUGGUGAUGGUAUCGCUCGUGUCCAUGGCAUGACCAACGUCCAGGCUGAGGAGCUCGUCGAGUUCGCCUCAGGUGUCAAGGGAAUGUGCAUGAACCUUGAAGCUGGACAGGUCGGUGUUGUGCUUUUCGGUUCCGACCGUCUGGUCAAGGAAGGUGAGACCGUCAAGCGUACCGGAGAGAUUGUCGAUAUUCCUGUCGGUCUCGAGAUGCUUGGCCGUGUCGUUGACGCCCUUGGAAAUCCCAUCGAUGGUAAGGGACCCAUUAAGACCACCGAGAAGCGUCGUGCCCAGUUGAAGGCCCCCGGUAUCUUGCCCCGAAAGUCCGUCAACCAGCCAGUUCAGACUGGUCUCAAGUCCGUCGAUGCCAUGGUGCCCAUCGGACGUGGUCAACGUGAGUUGAUCAUUGGUGACCGUCAAACCGGAAAGACUGCUGUUGCCCUCGAUGCCAUCCUGAACCAAAAGCGAUGGAACAACGGAACCGACGAGUCCAAGAAGCUCUACUGUGUCUACGUUGCCGUCGGCCAAAAGCGAUCCACCGUCGCUCAACUUGUCCAGACCCUCGAGGAGAACGACGCCAUGAAGUACUCCAUCGUCGUCGCCGCUACUGCCUCUGAAGCGGCACCUCUCCAAUACCUGGCGCCCUUCGCUGGUACCUCCAUGGGUGAGUGGUUCCGUGACAACGGCAAGCACGCCGUCAUUGUCUUCGAUGAUCUCUCCAAGCAGGCUGUUGCCUACCGUCAAAUGUCCCUUCUUCUCCGUCGUCCUCCCGGACGUGAGGCUUACCCCGGUGAUGUCUUCUACCUCCACUCUCGUCUCCUCGAGCGUGCCGCCAAGAUGAGCGACAAGCACGGUGGUGGUUCCUUGACUGCCCUUCCCAUCAUUGAGACCCAAGGUGGUGAUGUGUCUGCCUAUAUCCCAACCAACGUUAUUUCCAUUACCGAUGGACAAAUCUUCUUGGAAGCCGAACUUUUCUACAAGGGUGUCCGACCAGCCAUUAACGUCGGUCUUUCCGUGUCCCGUGUCGGUUCAGCUGCCCAACUUAAGGCCAUGAAGCAAGUCGCUGGUUCCCUCAAGCUCUUCUUGGCCCAAUACCGUGAAGUUGCUGCUUUCGCCCAAUUCGGUUCCGAUUUGGAUGCUGCCACCAAGCAGACCCUCAACCGUGGUGAACGUUUGACCGAGCUCCUUAAGCAAAAGCAAUACUCUCCUAUGGCCGUCAACGAGAUGGUUCCCCUUAUCUACGCUGGUGUCAACGGUUUCCUCGACUCUGUCCCCGUCAACAAGAUCCUCACCUGGGAGGCUGACUUCCUUGCACACCUGAAGACCAACGAGUCUGAGCUGCUGGCAACGAUUGACAAGGAGGGUGCGUUGAGCAAGGAGCUCGAGGCGAAGUUGAAGGAUGUUAUUACCACUUUCACCAAGAGCUUCUCCGGUUAA